AUAGUCAUACGAAUACUAUUAUUCGAUAGUUAAUAAUUGUUAAUAAUGAAUAAUAUAGUCCAGAUUUUGUUGUUAUUCAUAUUUACAAAUAAAUAAUUAUCAGACAAAAGAUAUACUCACGUCUAAUAAUUAUUACGAAAUUUAUUAAAGUAUUCAGUUUGAAAUAGUUCACCUGUACGAAUGAAAAUAUUUAAAUGAGAAUUUAUUUAAUUCGAUAGAUGUUUUUAACGUUAUUAAAUAAUGGAUUUUGAUAGCGCUUAUAUAGAUCCCUUAGUAGAUGGUUGGUUAGAACAACUUCAUGAAGCUAUAAAAGAAGAAGAAAAUAUGGUUAGAGCUGAAGAUGAAUUUUAUAUGCCAUUCAUAGGGAUUCCAGCAUCUGUAAUAAGUGCUAUUUUCAAAAUAACAUGUCACCUAGAACUAGGAACAGAUACUAAAUAUUUAACAAUUCAUUUAUAUGAUAAAUUUAUGUGCAAUUAUUUUUGGGAAGUAUAUAAAACAGAAAAUGAGGCAACUGAAGCUUCAUGGUCUAAAAUAUGUCAAACAAUUUCUCAUAAAUCCAAACUAUAUCUUGUAUCUUGUCUUCAAUUAGCAAGUAAAAUGGAUUUACAUUCUAAAAGUUUAAGUAUAUCACAGUUAAUAUGUAUUUUACGUUGGAUUGAUAAAAAAAAGGAAUAUACAAAUAAUGUACUUAUUAGUUCGGAAUUUAAAGUAUUUAAAACUAUAGGAUUUAAAAUGCCUUUCUGUACACCGUUACAAUGUAUCGAAGUUCUUUUAGCAGCGACAGGACUUAGGAAUACAUUGAAUAUAUAUGAAACUUCUAUAGAAUUAUUGGAUUUAGCAUAUUUACAGCACGAGCAAUUAUAUUCACAUGUGCAGUGUCUAGCGCAAGGUCGUAUUAGCAAAUCUGAAGUCAAUAAGAGAAACUUAAUGGCUCUUAAAACAAAUUCAUUAUUUCUUGGAGGAUGUAUCAUCUUGUGUGCAACAUUUUUUUUAUAUUUUGAUAAUAAUAUAGCAAAAGGAAUAGCAGCUAAACUAGCCGAUCUAGUAGAUACUACCUAUACUGAUAUUUGGGAUGUAGCAAAUAUACUUCUUAUAUUAGCGAUACAGGAAUAAAUGUGAAAAACAUAAAAUAGAUAUAUAUAUAUAUAUCUAUAUCUAUAUAUUUCAAAUUAUAAUUGU